GUAGAAUCCAGCUUCAAAAAACUUAAAACACUGACAUUUAAAGAUAUUUCACUUCCUACUAAUAUUGAAACCUUUUUAGAAAGACAUAUAAUUUCACUGCGUGGUACAUCUUUAUUACGGUCUUCAAAUCAAAAUGUACCAUUAGACCUUCAACUGCAAAUAAAUAAUAAUGAUCAAAUUCAAAAUGAAGACCAACACACAGAAUGUAACGACCAAAGAAUAACAGAAAAUAUAGAACUGCAAAUAAAUAAUACUGAUCAAAUUCAAAAUGAAGAUCAACACACAGAAUGUAACGACCGAAUAAGAGAAGAUAUAGAACUGCAAAUUGAUAACGCUAGUAGUAUUCAAACUGACAAUUUAAAUGAAGAAGACAUAGCAGUAGAAAGUUGGAACCGUAAAUCAAAAAAAACAGAGGACUACAAAAUCAUACCUCGAAAUUAAUCCUCACUUAAGGCAUUUGAACAUUAACACCUCAAAAAAUAUAAUGUCAUUGCCGUUAUUAAAAAAUGGAUCUCGAGCGGAGGAACUAAAAAGUUGUGUUGUUCAAAGAAUUGGUAAAGUAAUUAUGAGCAACACGUGUGCAUUUGAUACGGUUACUUCCAUUAUUAUGGUUGCUUAUUGUGAUAGUGUCAAAUACAGUCAAGAGUUGAACAAUUUUUUGGAAAGCAAUAAAUAUUUUUCAUUUAUAUCAAAAAUUGUAAAACAAGGUAUUACAUCAUCAACUUAUUCAGAUAGAGCAAGCAUAAUGAUAAGUGAACUUCAACCAACUAUGGAAGUUAUAGAAUAUGAGACCGUUCUAGCAGUUUGUAAUACCACAAUAGGAUAUAUAAUUAAACACUUAUUUAAAGAUCUUCCAUCGGCUUUAGACAGUAUUAAGUGUACUAAUCCAAAAUGUAAAAAGACAACAUUGACCCCUAUAGCUAUACCUUACAUUAAUAUUCAAAUUACAAAUGGGGAUUUAAGUAGCCUACAACAGGAUAUAGAUAGUAGACUAACAACUAGAACAUCACUAUGUGGUUAUACUGAAAAAAACAGUACACCAUGUACUGGUAAUAAAACGGUGACAUCAACUACAACAAAAAUGCAUGUAUUUAUUGAGCUCCUCAAUUGGAUAGAUGAGAAUGAAAUUAACAGCAACCAAUAUAGCGCCGAAGCAGCACCACACCCUAAAAUAAAAUUAUCAAAUAUUCCACCUGUACUUAUAAUAAAUGAUAAAGCAUUUGAACUGAGAGGUGUAUUUUGCUACCGACAAGGAUUAAGUAGGUUAAGAAACUCAGUAGGACAUUAUUAUGCUUACGGAAAAAGAGGACCAAACAACUGGGAGAUAUUUGAUGAUAUAAGAAAGAAAUCAAAACCUAUAAAAAAUUCGAUUGUUGCUCCAUGUGAAUAUUUAGUUUAUACGAUUUGA